UAUGGAUAUUAAUUAGAAAAGAAAGCUAAAAGUCAAAACCAUUUCUUAAUAAGUGUUUGAGCUUGAGGUGCCCCAAGAUGUAUUCAAAUAUUAAAAUAAACUUAGAUUACGAUUGCAGACUUAAAAAAAGAAAUUUUUACUAAAUCUUAAGUUCCAAUAGAUAGAUAAAGAUUGAUCUUUUUGGGUAAAGCACUUCUAGAUAAUCAAAUAUUAAAUGAAAUAAGUAUUUAAAAAUAUCAAACCAUUAGUUAAGGAGGAUGAUUAAACAAUACAUUUGAUGGCCAUUACUAAUCCCUAAUAACCUUAAUAAUAACCAAAUUAAAAUUAAACUUAAUAGUAAUAAUAGAGAAUGUAAUUUAUGCCUGGUAUACAAACAACUACAUAAAUUCAUAUAGGAGGAGGAGGUAAGUUUAUUAUAUAUUUCUGUAUUAGAUGGCUAGCCCUUUAUCCCACCAGAAUUAGCCAAUAUUCUAUCAAUGUUUGGUCCACCUAUCGCAAGAUCCUCAUAAUAAUAAUAGCCUUAAUAAUAAUAAGCUCAGCCCACUCAAUAGAGUUAAUAAUAAUAACAAUAAUAAUAAUAAUCACAAUAAUAAUAAUAAUAACAAUAAUAACAAUAAUAAUAACCAUAAUAGACUUAGUAAAAUUAAUCUGAGCCUAGAUAAUAACAAUAAACACAAUAAUAAUAAAAUGCACCAUAAUUAUAAUAAGUAACUCUAUUGCCAAAUACUUAAUCUGGAGUUGGAAUAAAUCUUCCUUAAGAAUAAAUUCAAUAAUUGAAUAACUUACUUGGCAAUUUUUAUCAUUCAUCAUUACUCGGUUUAUAAUUUUAAUUACCAUAAAUGACUGAGCAUAGAAAUAAUGUUACUGUCUUAGGUCAUUAUCUUCAUUAAUUUUGUUUUGUUAUUUAAAGAACUUUACCAAUAUUGUAAAGAGUAUCAGAUCUUUUAAUGAGGGAACCCUUUUUGACUUCUGAAAAUGAAAGAAGAGAAACAAUGUAAUUAAGCAGGGACUCAGCAACCAUUGUGUAGUCAAUUAAUAGAAUGACAAGUGACUUGUUUUCUGCUUUGCUUCGAUUUUUAGUUCUUGGAUCUACUCCAGGAUAGUUUUAACUAUAAGUUCCAGUCUAAUUAUUAUAAAAUAGUACUCAAAAUAAUGGAAUUAGUAAUAUAUCAAAUGAGCAAUCAACUAGAAAUCUAUAAUAACAAUAAUCAUAAUAAUAGUAAAAUCAAUAAGCUUAAUAACAAAAUUAAUAAUCAUAAUAAUAAUAAUAAUAAUAAUAAUAAUAACAUCCAUAAUAACAAACAUAAUAAAACUUAUUAAGCUCAUUAGGAUAACUAUUAAAUUAAUUCUCAUAAAAUCCAAACUUAUCAUAAAAUAAUUCAUAAUAGAUUUAAGUAGAAUAAUAGGGAGAUCAAAUUAUUAUUGAUGCAUAAGUUUUGGAAAUUGAUGCAGGAAGUGAAUAAGAAUCAAAUUAAGAAGGAGAUCAAUAAUAAAAUAACAAUUCUUUAAAUGCUCUUAAUAACUUAGUUAAGUAAAUAUUUUUUUAUAUGAUAUAGCAAUUUAUUUAAUUUAGAAUAAUAGCAAAAUCAAUAUUAACCCCAGUAAUCAUUUUAAUCUCCAUAAUAAUAAUAAUAAUAAUAAUAAUAAUAAUAAUAAUAAUAACAAUAAUAAUAACAAUAAUAAUAACAAUAACCUUAGAAUACAUAAAAUAUACCUCAAUAAGCCUAAUCUAUGAUGUCUGGUUUACUUGGAAAUCUUGGCCUUGGAAAUUAAUAAGGAGGAGCUAAUUUAUUUACGAUGACUUUACAAGAAUUAAUGAUGUAAAAUUAUGCAAAUAAAAUGGAAGAAGGUGAAAUAGAAAUUUUAUAAAUAUUUUCAUAAGUGAAAGUAGGAGAUAUAAUGGCUGCUUAAGUUUCAGGCAAUUAUUCAUUUUUGGAUGCAUUACAAGGAAACAUUAAAGAAAAUUUACAUAAUUUAAUUGGAAAAUUUGAAGGAAGAAUUGAAUUAAUUGAAAAAUUGGCAAAUUCAUUUUUAUCAACAGUAGUUCCUAAAGGAAGUCAACAACAUUUAGUUAUUGAAGGAUUUGAACCAAGAAUAACAGCUUCUGAAGCUCUUGUAAAGCAUAUCAAAUAAUUUUUCAUGAUUAUUGAAAAAGAUUAUACAAAUAGUGUUGAAAAAUUUAGUGAUGCAAUGGUCAGUCAAUUCUUUAAAAUGAUUGGAGAAACUGCAUAUGAAGUAUCAGAAGGAUUAGUUCAUGGUCUUGAUGAUUACAAAGUGAUUAUAUAGUACUUAUAAUAUUCAUAAUUAGAGCAAAUGUAGAUGAUUUAUUAAGAAAAUCUAUUGGGCCAGAAAUUGCUGUAAUGUUUGGUGGUAUGUUGUUUAUGAUGCUUUGGAGUAUGAUUGAAAGAUCAUAUAAUUAGUAUAAAAAAUCUCUUGAAUAAUAAUAAACUUUAAUACAAUAAGAAGAAGUUUUAACAGAGGAAUAAGUAAGUAAAAUUGAAAUAUAUUAUUAGUUAUUGAAAGAGAUAACUGAAGCCAGUUAAGCAUGUAAACAAAAUAUUGAAAUUAAUUUUUCUAACGAAUAUAAAAAAGGAGAUCCAGGUUAUAAAGAUUUCGAUUGAU